UUACAGUCUAUAGGGUGCUUGUGUGGAGGGUUUUGUGCCAGAGACAUGAUAUUCAAAACACGCAAUCUUGUCAAUACAUGUUGCACCGAGUUAAAAAAAACCUUUGACAGAUAACGUUCAAGGAAAUUGAGCUUAUCUCUCGUGUGACCUUGUAUUAGCUUGAAAGGAUUUGUGCAUAUGCAUACACCCUGUUGCCUUUACUUCACUCGCCUAAUUAACACUGGGUAUAAUUUGGAUUUACGUUGAAAUGAUUGCAUGUUCAUCACUCGUCCUCCUGUUGGUGAUUGGCCUGGUGUCGCCGAAUCCUGAUGUAGAUACUACCUGGAUGAAAACCACUCUUCAAAACUAUUUCUCCAAACCUCGACACCAUGCCACACACCCAACAUACAAAGCUGAAGCCAGGGACUUCAUCAUGAAGGAGUUCAAAAGCUACGGAUUGGAGACACACUCUCAACGUUUUGACACGAAUCUUGUGCCGGUGAAAGGUGUAAAUAUCAUCGCAAUGUCGAAGGGAAAGAAUUUCGGAACAUUUAAAGAUCAAAUAGUUGGAGUCGCUGCGCAUUAUGAUACCAUGAGAGACACUCCAGGUGUUGACGACAAUGGCGCUGCAGUUGUCGGUAUGUUACAAGCAGCCAAACAUCUCGCCAAGUUCACACGAGACUUCACCGUGGUUUUUGUCGCCUUUGAUUUCGAAGAAUGGGAAAAUAGAGGACUUCCCCUCGAGGCGUGUGGAAACCUGAGUUGUGGAAGCAGAAAGUUCCUCAGUGACUGGGUGCCCACGUUUUGGAGCACGACACCUGUUGUAAAAGGGGUCGUCGUCAUGGACACCAUUUUUAACAUACAGGAAAUGCCAAACACCCAACAACUCCCACCUGGUUUGGCUCAGCUUAAUCCGGGCGUUGUGAACAGCAUUAACUCAGACGGCAAGAAGGGAGAUUUCAUCGCUGCAAUUGGCCGUGCCUACGAUUCUGACGUCCUUGAUGCCUUCGUCACUUCUUACACCGCCUUGGGUCAACCUGGGUUCGAGCUUGAGAAGAUUAACAUCACCGCUCUAACUGGCCCGACAGUAACACCACAGCAAUUCAUGGUGUUCCAGGACUUCAUGAGGAGUGACCACUACACCUUCUGGUCAAACGGAAUCAAGGCAAUCUUCCUGACGGACACAGCUAACUUCCGAGGGUACAUGGAAGUCUGCUACCAUCACUCCUGUGAUAAUCUUAGCCGAAUGACUGACAAGAUGCUUCAGUUUCUCGGCAAGACGACCCAAGCUGUCAUUGGUACAGUCAACAAACUGGCACCAUCUACCGGACAUGUAUCGGGGGCAGGGAUCCCUGGGAACAACGCUGUCCUGUUGGCAUGUCUCGUGGCUCUGUACUCAAGACUCGCAAUGCCAGAAUAGAGGGACAUCCUUCUCCAGAAACAAAGUACUUCAUUCAGCGUGGUACAGUCCCGCAAGAUUCUUUUCGACACAUAAAAUAAACUUGUGUCCAAACUAUUUUGAUAAAUGUAACUGAUUUCUGUAGAGGAUAUGUCUGUUUUAUAGAGCGGUUCCAGUAUUUUAGAAUUAGAUGUUCAUAGUUCUAUCAGAUAACCGUCAUGCUUAAUCUUUUACAAACUGUAUUAAUUUUCCUUUUCAUUAUUAAAGAGAAAAUAGCGUAUUGUCGUAAUAACGAAAUAACAAGAAAUAAAGGUCAAUACAUAC